AUGUUGGAGAAAAUAAAUAAGGAGCUAGUGCCGAUAAAGGCACAUUAUUUUUUAUAUAAUGCUGCAACAGGCCCAAUAAUACCAUUUUUACCAGUCAUCGCAAAACAACUAGGAUUCUCUGGAUUUUUAGUGGGUAUAAUUUAUACAAUUCUUCCAAUAUCAGGACUGUUGGCGAAACCGUUAUUCUGUAGCAUAGCUGAAAAAUUUAAUCUGCAUAAAAUAUUCUUUCUUACCUUUCAAGCAAUACUCGCUAUCUCAUUUUUUUCGAUAUACUUUAUACCCAAAAUAAAUCACCAGUCAAUAGGUAAUGUCACAUUGGCAUGUCAUGCAGAAACGUAUCUUCAUAUAUGUCCAUAUAACACGAGUGAUAGAUUUUCUGAUGAAGCUCUGAAUCAAGCUUCUGUAUCCAAUACCACGCAUUCUUCUUGCAAACUGGCUUGUCAAGGUUCGUCGGAGGCGUUCAGCGAACUUUGCCAUGGUUGGCAAUUGAAUCAAUUUUGUGGACUAGUCAAUGCAAACAUGGAGCCAGAUACCAAAUUCGAGUUUACGGCUGGAUUUAAUAUAGAUGAUAAUCAAAAUAUAAUGUCUUGUUUGCAUGUUAAAAUAAAAAAUGCAACAUUUGAUGACGACAAGCCUGUUCAUCCGUUCUGUGACGUGAAAGAUAAACCAAUGUACACUCAAUGUAUGGCUAAUUGUACGGAUGUACCAGAAAUGAAAAAGAUAUUUAAUGAGCUAAACGGUAAAGAUACCCACCUGACCACUAACUAUCAAUUUCACUUAUUUUUGUGGUCUUGUGUUGUCAGUUGGAUUGGUAUGGCUGUAGUUACUAGUAUUGCUGAUUCUAUUUGUAAUGAUAUUCUAGGCAACGAACGUAUCAACGAAUUUGGAAAACAAAAAUUAUGGGGAUACAUUGGAUUUGGAAUUUUUUGUAUCAGUACUGGAUACUUAGUUGAUCUUUUCAGCAGAGGAAUUCCCGAUAAAGAUUACUCAUGUAUAUUUUAUAUCAUGUUAGUAGGCAUGAUAUUUGAUAUAAUUGUAUCAGGAACUUUAGAUAAAAAAUCUGUAGAUCGUACUGAUGACGAUCCGUCUGUUUUAUGGGAAUUGGGAGCAGUAGCGCGAGAAGGCCGAGUAUUAGUAUUUAUUUUUUGGUGUGUCGGCGCUGGAAUAUGCACUGGAGUCGUUUGGAAUUUUUUAUUUUGGUAUACGGAAGAUAUAGCGACAAAUAAAGAUUGGCUGAAAACACUUCAAGGUUUACUUAUUGGUGUCCAAUAUUUCUUGGGCGAGUUGCCGUUUAAUUUUAUUUCUGCGCGAGUACUUAAAAAACUUGGUCAUAUUAAUGUAAUGAGUUUAGUUUUGAUUAUUUAUGCAGUAAGGUUUAUGGCAUAUAGUUUAAUUACAAAUCCGUGGAUAUAUAUACUCGUGGAAUUACUUCACGGACCAACUCUGGGUCUCUGUCGGCCAACAAUGAUUGCUUAUGGAGAUAAAAUAGCUCCUUCUGGUACGAGAGCGACGAUGCAGGGUCUCGUCGGAGCUAUUUUUGAAGGAAUUGGUGUAUCUAUAGGUAGUCUUAUUUGUGGACGACUGAUGGAUGACUACAGUGGGAUGCUGACAUUCCGCAUAUUUUCCGUUGGUGCAUUAUCUUGGUUAAGUAUAUACUGGAUGUUACAGUUGUUAUUGCGAAAAGCCAAGGCUUACCCACUUCACCAAGGCCACAGUCAUUUGGCAAGUUAUGCAACGCCAAGCGAUGCAAUUCUUAUGACAACAAGCCAAGAACUUCAAACUUAUUAA